GGAAGAGCUAGCCGCCCAAAGUCAUAUAAAGACGUGAAUAAGUUUAAAAACCUGUCUUUAAACUAUUAAACACGCAGUAUGGACACGAAUAGACCUGCACACACUGAAGCUGGAGACUCCACCGCUGCAGACGAGGAGGCCAAAAAAGCCGCAGCAGCCGCCGCCGCCAAGCUCGCCAACCGCCUCCCGGAGCUCCGCCUGGUGGUGCUCGGCUGGCGUUGGCCCGGUAAGAGCCUCACGGGCAACACCAUCAUCGGCCGGGAGGAGUUCCGCCUGGAGCGAGCCGCCGAGUUCUGCGUGAAGCGGCAGACGGAGGUGCUGGAGCGGCAGGUGACGGUGGUGGACACACCCGGCUGGUUCUCCACCCAGGACACGCCUCCGUCCUACAAGGAGGAGCUGCUCAGAGGCGCCUCGCUCUGUCCUCCGGGCCCGCACGCCUUCCUCCUCGUCAUCCCCGUCGGCAUGUUCACCGAGGUGGACCGGGCCCGCAUCGAGGAGCACGUGAGCCUGUUCGGGGAGCGCGUGUGGAGGCAGACGAUCGUGGUGUUCACGUGGGCGGAGGUGCUGAGGAACAUUUCCAUCGAGAGGUACAUCCGCAGGGAGGGGAAGGACCUGAAGUGGGUUCUGGAGAAAUGCAAACGGAGGUACUUCGUCAUCAAUAACUGCAUAUUCGGGGAGCAUCCGCAGGUAGGACGCUUACUGGAGAAGGUGGAGAAGCUGGUGGCGGAGGAAGGAGGGAUCUACAACCCGGAGGAGGUGGAGGAGAAGAAGAAGAAGGAAGAAGAGGAGGUGAAGGAGAAGGAGGAGAAGAAACCGCUGGAUGAGAACCAGAAUCCAGCCAGAGAGGGGCGAGAGCUCGGAGCGAGACCCAAACAGAACUCGGGGCUCAACCUGUCCAAAGCCAUGGAGGUGGAGUCGCUUUCCAAUUAACGAGACUUUCGUGGCUGUUUGACUAUCGGAGCGUCACUGUACUGAUGGAGGAGCUGCUUAUAUGACAAAAGGCAGAAGAAGAAGAAGAAGAAGAAGAGACGAUGGUAAUUAACUGAAAUGUUACAGAACGGACAAAUAAGUGUGAUGAAUUGUAUUUAUUUUUUAAAUGUUAAUGUGUGUUUGACGACACGAGGGGCCUUUUAUUGUUUUGUUUUGUUUUCUUCACGCUGUCCAAAGAUUUAUAUCCUUCCCCCUGUUUCUGUUUCUGUCUGUGAACAUGUGACAAUGUGAUGAACUGGAGAGUUUUUGGAGUUUUUUUGGGGGGGGUAAGAUUGUGUGUUGUAGUUUUUAUAAUCCUGUUUUAAAGGGGAGGAAAAUUUCACCUUUAAAAAAGAAAGAAAGAAAGAAAGAAGCACAAUCUGUUACAUAACUGUCAUUAUUUUAAACACACUCCUGAGUCUCUGCGGACAGCGACGGCACAACUGCACUAAGAAUAAUAAAAAAAUAGUUCCUGUAAUAUUCUGUCAAUGACUGUUGAGGGAGUUACUUUACUUUUCUUUUUCUCUUUUAUUUCUUUCCCCCCUAUUUUUUGUGACCAAACUGUAAAUGCUUUCCUCUCGCUGCGAUGUUUAUGAUGCUCUGUUAUAAAGCACUUGGGCGGUUAUUGAUUGAUUUUUUUUUGUUGCCUAUAGUCGGCCUUUUUUAAAAGCAGGGAUCAGAUGUUUGUGUCGGUGGCGGAGGGAUACGUUCAAGGCAAACGGUGCGUUACUAUUUCCAUUAAAUCUGCAGAAUAGUCUAGUUUAAAUCUCUCUCUCUCUCUCUCUCUCUCUCUCUCUCUCUCUCUCUCUCUCUCUCUCUCUCUCUCUCUCUCUCUCUCUCUCUC